UAAUUAUUAUCGAUACAUCGAUACUAUCGAUACUCGCUCGGCAAGGCUGGCGAGAAUAGAGAGAACAAAACAAUAAGUCAAUCGAAUCCAAGAAAAGGAAGAACCAAUUCGCUGGCCCCGGAAUCGGAAUGGCUGGAUUUUUGAAGACACGGAAGCGCAGCCGGGAGGACGAUCUGCCCUGCGAAUCGACGCCCCUCUCGAAGCGCAUCAACAACCUGCACCUGAACUACGACGACGGGAAUAGCAGCAGCAGCAGCAGCUGCAGUAUUCCGCCCCUGCCAGGAGGAGGAGGAGGAGGAGCAGCAGCUGGUGCCCCUGGAGGUGGCCCAGGUGGCCCUGGUGGCCCCGAUGCAGCCGGUUACGAGUACAAUCCCGAACUGGGUGCCGACCAGAAUCCAUUUUACUACGAAAAGAACAAGAUGCUCUACGACCUGCACGUCGAGCGGAUCAAACGGAGCAGCCAGUAGCCAUUAGCUGGUAGCCGCCUGGAUUCCGACUCCUAGCACCGCCAUUCAAGUGCCAACCGAGCUCUCCACCACCACAACACUCUGUAGUCCUAGUUACUUAGCCUGUAGUCGCGACCGUUCAUCCUAUUGUGCCCACGGAGCUGGAGACGAGACCCUCAGCACUGGCGUUUGUGUGAUAAGCAUUGUUUACUUGCAAAGCAUUUUAGCAUCGCCUCGGAUGCAGACAUAUAUAUAUAACACUAACAGAAAUCGAGCCAAGACUUACCCAAGCACGCACAUGCACAUAUGUAUCCCCCAACCAGCCCCCAAUUGUAAUUAUAUACGUAUAGUUAUUCUAAGAAUACUCUAAGAAAUAGCAGAUUUUUAUUAUCCAUAUUUUGGGUGCCCGAUUGGGGGAGAAUUCUUAGUGUUCUAUUGAAAUAUGAUGCCUUUUGGGGGUUUUGUGUCGAAUUGGGGCACUUCUUGAAUCGCUGGUGGUGCGAAAUCAAGCUACAGCGACCUGAGAAUAAAUAGUCUGGGUUUUUUUCUAAAGGUAGCUGACCAUACAUAUAUGUAGAUACAAAUUUGGCUUAUUUCUCAGUUUUAAGAUUGGCUCGUAAUAAAUAAUACAUACAUAUUACAUUUAAUAAAUUAUUAUAAAAAUGAAA